UCUUCUUCCCCUCAACUGCUUUUCAUGUUCAACUUUUCGUUUUCACUUGCGGGAAGAGGACCACACCUUCUAUUACGUGGUCACGUUCAUAUUGUUUUCUCUUGUUGGUCUGUGUAUAGUUUUCUUUGUUUUUCCUUUUGCUGUCUGUUCGUUUUAAUUGUUUGUUUUGUUUGUUAUGACUCUGACUAUCUUCCUUCACAUUUAUCUCCUCAUUUUUGGUUUGUUGGUCACCUAAUUUCAAGCUGCCCUGUUUCUUUCUUUUUCUUUUUCCUUUUUCCUUUUUUCUUUCUGGGUAUCCUGAAAGCUCGGCAAAUCUGAACAGUUUUUGAUGUGGGGAACUUGAUGGUCUCCAUUUUUUAUCCAGGCAGAAGGUUUCUUUACGGGGUUUUGGGCUUUGUGGUUCGUGGGUAUCUCAGUUGAUGUCCAUCCAUGAUGGAAUUCUUGUGAGGGUUCUCCCUAACUGAAUGUUGAUUCUCUAGAUUGAAUUUUUGCACUUCCGUUAUCUUUGUUGCGAACACUUAGACUUGAUGUGUAAGGAGGUCUCGAGGUGUGGAGAACGUCAGGAUUUUGGGUCCUUUCUUCUGUUGCAAUUUGUUACUCACCUGAUUUCCUGUUCUGCAUUCUGUGGCUGCUGCAUUCUGGUCCUUCAUUAUUAGAGAAAGUUUGGUUUUUGGGGAGGGCUAUGAGGUGCUUCCGUUUUUCCUCUACGGAGAGGAAGGAAGGAGCCAAUAAUGUAAGGUCAGCGCCUGCGUCUGCUCGAUACAACAGCGGUGGUUCGACAGACCAUGAGCCGAGGGUAUCAGGGUCUGAAUUUAAUUCUCAGUACAACUCAGAUAUCAGUAUUGAAUCUUCUGGAAGGGGCAUGCCUAGUUUUUCUCACAGGCCUAACAACUGCCUUCGUGUUUUUACUUAUCCGGAGCUGAGGGCUGCCACGAGAAACUUCAGUCGCUCUCUAAUGUUAGGAGAAGGAGGAUUUGGUUGUGUAUACAGAGGAACUCUCCGAAGUGCAGAAGACCCUGAUUCAAGGCUUGAAGUUGCCGUGAAACAACUAAGCAGGAAAGGUUUCCAGGGCCACAAGGAGUGGGUAACAGAAGUGAAUGUGCUUGGAGUGGUAGAUCACCCAAAUCUUGUGAAGUUAGUGGGUUACUGUGCAGAAGACGAUGAGAGAGGAAUCCAGCGACUUCUGGUUUAUGAGUUUAUGCCCAACGGAAGUGUUGAGGACCAUUUGGCGCUACGUUCUUCUAAAGUGCUUCCCUGGUCUACAAGGUUGAGAAUAGCAUUAGGUGCCGCUCGUGGUUUAACUUACCUCCAUGAGGAGAUGGAUUUUCAGAUUAUCUUUCGUGAUUUCAAGACUUCCAAUAUUCUAUUAGAUGAGCAUUGGAAUGCAAAGUUGUCUGAUUUUGGGUUGGCGAGGCAAGGACCUGGCGAAGGGCUUAGUCAUGUUUCAACAGCGGUUGUUGGGACCAUUGGCUAUGCUGCUCCAGAGUAUAUUCAAACUGGUCGUCUCACAACCAAGAGUGAUAUCUGGAGCUUUGGUGUUGUACUCUAUGAACUCAUAACAGGGAGACGCCCAGUAGACAGGAAUCGACCAAGAAGCGAGCAAAAGCUACUAGAAUGGAUUAGGCCAUACAUAUCAGACAGCAAAAAGUUCUACAUGAUCAUUGAUCCGAGACUUUCUUCACAGUUCUCUCUGAAGUCUGCCCAGAAGCUUGCUGCUGUAGCUAAUAGAUGCUUGAUUAGGCAGCCUAGAUCACGACCCAAGAUGAGUGAAGUGUUGGAGAUGGUGAAGCAAAUCGUAGAAGCUGCAGAAAUUGGUAACCCACAAAGUGGCCCGAAGAAUUCUUCAGUGAAUGGUCAUGAGUCCCAAUCUGGUAGCGGAAAUGCCAAAUCUAAGAAUGUUUUGGAUGCAAGAAGUGUGGAAAACGAGCCAUCAGUGUCGUGUGCAUGGACGCUGAAAUUGAUACGGUCCUGUUGAUUGGUUUAGCGCAGCUAAUCCUAUCAGAAAUUUUUUCUGCCAUCUUCUCCAACAAGGUUUAGAUUAAGUUAAUCAUCUCGUUUGUGUAUUUUAACGUUACAGAAAAUGAGCUGUAUGUGUACAUGUCUAUGUCCAUUUGCAUUUGUUUGCAUAUAUUUGCAAUUUUUUCUGCACACACUAGCCAAGCGACGAUCUACAGGCUUAGUAUCAUGUUUGAAUGGAGAUUAAUGCGUUUAUUUUGACCCCAAAGGGGCGAAGGCCUCCUUCAAGCUGUUCAUACUUUGUGGGUGGAACGUAACGUUAAUCCCUUAA